AUGUCGGAGAGUAAUGAGCUGAUGAAUGUUGUUACAGUGGGCGGAAAUUCGGUUUCUGCCUUCUUGUCGUGGCGCCUCCAAGCAACAAAUGCCUGCGACGUCACUCUAGUAUGGAAGACAGGCUACGAGCACGUUGCGCAAUACGGAAUCUCCUUCAAAUCUCCGGUCUUUGGCAAUGAGCGCUUCAAGCCUCGUCAUGUUGUCCGGGCACCCGAAGAGGCUGCCACCCGCAGAGAGGGCGGCGCAUUCGACUAUGUCAUCCUCUGUAUAAAGGCCCUUCCCGAUGUUUACGACCUGGCGUCCGUGAUCGAUUCCGUCGUCACUCCGCAGCAUACUUGCAUCCUUGUUAAUACCACACACUCGCUCGGCCUCGAAUCAGCUAUUGAAGAACGAUUCCCCACUAAUGUAGUCCUUUCGCUGGUCUGCGGCGCCGAGCUCACUCAGCUCGGAGGAAGCGAAUUCGAGCACAAGGGCUCAACAGAAGUCUGGGUUGGCGCCGCAAACAAGAACUCCAACAUUCCGACUUCGAUACAGGAAGAUAUGGCGCAGGCACUGGCUAUGACCCUCAGCACUGGUCAGGUCGACUGUAAGGUCUCGAGUAACAUUCGGCAACAGCAGUUCGAGAGAGUUAUUGGCCCAAUUGCUUUCCAUCCUCUUACAGUGCUCUUCGAAACACCCAACUAUGGCCAGCUCCUCGACAAGGUGGGCGUGGCCAAGCUGAUAUCAGAUGUCGUUGACGAGCUAUUAGCCGUGGCCGACGCACAAGGCUGCAAGUUCCCGCCCGACUUCAAGAAAACACCAUUGAUGAAUUUGCGAGGACAACAACGGAGAAUAUGA